AUGCGAGCCGCUACGGGAUUUAUCGCUGGCCUCAAAUCCAUGGACUACGAAACGCGUCUCGCAAUGCUUGAUCUCUUUCCCCUGGAGUACCGUCGCCUUCAAGGGGACCUGAUUCUUACUUAUGCCCUGUUUGAAAAAAGCUUGGCCAACAGGUUUUUCACCGUUGACCCAGCAAACACACGGCGGGGACAUGGUCUCGUGAAAAUGGGCGUUCACUGUGUGACGGGAAAGAAAGUCGCAGUGAAAAUCGUAAACCGAGAGAAACUCAGUGAGAGCGUGCUACAAAAGGUUGAGCGUGAAAUAGCAAUCAUGAAACUGAUAGAACACCCCCAUGUACUUGGACUGUAUGAUGUCUAUGAAAAUCGUCGCCAUCUCUACUUGAUCUUGGAACACGUUUCCGGUGGAGAGUUAUUUGACUACCUAGUGAGGAAAGGCCGACUCGUUCCUAAGGAGGCUCGGCGAUUUUUCAAGCAAAUCAUAUCCGCCUUGGACUUCUGUCACAGUCACUGUAUAUGCCAUCGGGACUUAAAACCCGAAAAUUUGCUACUGGACGACAAGCUCAACAUCCGGGUAGCAGAUUUCGGCAUGGCUUCCUUGCAACCCGAAGGUUCUCUUCUGGAAACAAGCUGCGGGUGAGUAGAUCGCUACAAACGUCAUGCCAAAAGCAGUCUGUGUAUAUCUGAAAAAUGCCAACCACUUCUUUUUACUGAAGUUCAUCAGAGUGUUUAUCGAUUUCCAUCCCUAAUCCAUUUGUCUGUGAUGUGGUCCUAUUCAGAAAGAAUCCACCUCCUCAAUUUUCUGUUGCUGAUUU